ACUGUCUACGGUUCAUGGAUGGCCGAUGCACGAUUAACGCUCACCCAUAAGUCCCAAGCCCUCGAGAUUCUGCGCACCACCCAUCAAGCCUCGAUCUCCGAGUUGCAGAUUGAGGCCCUUGAUGAUCUAAUACCUACUCUGCAGGAGGAGCUUGCCUUGGAUGAGAAAUGGAGGGAGUGGGCAGAGGCCUACGUGGAAGAUGACGGUACAUUGUUUCGCAUGCACCGAAAACAUGGGUUUUCAAAGUCCUCGACGUUCUCUGCCCUGAGAAACGCUCUACUUCUUCCACCUCCACGUGCCGAACUUUCUGAGCCACAUCCAUCAGUAACGUUAACGAUCUCGCCGCCUGAUCCUCCGACGCUACACAUCUGCCUCACAUACCUUACCCACACCAGUCUACAUAGCUUCAAGCAGACACUCCUUUUUUGCUAUGAAAAGCUCCGACUGUAUCUUCUCGAACAUGAGCAGCUAGGUUUCUAUUGCGUGUUAGAUCUGGGAGGUGCACGAAUUCGCGAUAUCCUUUCAGACAUAGUACCCUGGUACACCACCGAUCUGCAACCAAGAUACCCAUCCAUGUGCGCAGCUACCUUCAUCAUCAAUUAUACCUGGAUGUAUGGCGGCCUGUGGUCUGUCUUCCGCCGCAUCGCCCCAGCCCAAGCCCUCUCCCGGAUAUUCUUCGUCACGAUGGAGGACCUCGAGAUGUACUUCCCUGCAUGCUUGGCUCCACCUGAGCCCCUCUCACCCGUGUACUCCUAUCCCAGCCUUUCGCAUGUCAGUUGGGAAGAAAGACCACAUUCACCAAUUCAUUUCUCUGUGCUCGAGCAUCCACCACCACAGAGGACAAGAUGGAAGCUUUUCAUGACACUGACACGUAUGUUAGGGGAGAGGAUGAGGAGUGCAAGGUGGUGGAAACGUUGGCGCUGGUUUGGGUGGAUAUUGCUUCUCCUGGUUGUACGGUGGUGGUUUACCCGGAGACGUCCACGUCGACCUGUCCCACGAUGACAGGUGUAUGAAUAGAU